GCCCCGGACGGGCCCCGGCGGAAGGAGCGCAGUGCGCAGGUCCGGCUGCACGUGGUGGGACAGAGCCAUGGCGGAGCGGCUGGAGCGGGAGCAGGUGAAGAAGGCGGUGGAGGCCCUGCUGGCUUUCACCAGGAGCAAGGCGAAGGGAAAGGAGCUGCUCGGCGAGAGCGAGAACGUUCACCUCCUGGUGACGGUCUGGAAGAUCCCACGCGUGGCACAGCUCAUUAAAAUACCACUGCCCCAUGGCAUUCGACCAGAAACAGCCGAGGUUUGCCUGUUCACAAAGGAUGAACCAAAUUUAUCUGCAGAACAGACUGAAAAGCUGUACAAGAAACUUUUAAUCCAGAAUGGGAUCGGAAGUGUUAGCCAGAUCAUCCCAUACAAAACUCUUAAAAAGGAGUAUAAACUGUUUGAAGCAAAGCGUCGUCUUCUGAACAGAUUUGAUCUCUUCCUGUCUGACGAGCGAAUUAGAAGGCUCUUGCCCUCACAUCUAGGAAAACACUUUUAUGAAAGGAAAAAGGCUCCUUUGUCUGUAAACUUGAAAGCCAAAAAUCUUGCUAAGGAACUACAAAGACAUAUCCAGGGGACUACGCUCCCAGUUACCAACAAAGGGUGCUGUUAUACAGCACGGAUAGGUCACACUGGAAUGAAACCUGAUGAGAUAUUAAAUAAUGUCAUUGCAGCAGCUGAGGUGAUUGCUAAGAAGUUACCCAAGAAUUGGAAAAAUGUAAAAAUUCUUCACCUCAAAACACUUAAAUCAGUUGCACUUCCAAUUUUCACUGCAAAUAUCUCCAACUUGGAUGAGCUUGACAGCCAGCCAUCUCUCAAAAAAAAGGAAGUAAAGAAGGUGAAGACCAAGAAACCUAAGAAGGCAGGUAAAAAACUGAAGUCAAGUCAAGUCACUUUGACAACUGAAAAUAAUGCUGCUGCUGCUACCCAGAAGCUUGCAAUAAAAGAAAAAGUAGUAGAAGUCAAUGAACCAGGUGAUCAUGAUGAUGAUGAAGAAAUUCCCCAACUAGUGCCUAUGCAAACAACUGACAUAACUGAGCAGAAGAAAACAGCACCAACUCCAGAAGAAGGCGACAACCUGGGCAAGAAAACUAAAACACCCCUUGGUAAGAGAAAGAAACAACCUCUGGCUCUGGAGACUCCCAAACCAAAACAUAAAGUUACAGAAGAGCAUGCAAGCUUGCAGACACCAAGAAACCAGAAAAAAAACAAGCAGCUCAGUGUGCCAAAGGAAGCAAUAAAAGAGAAAGAGAUGAAAAAGACUCCCAAAAAGCCUGAAGCAAAGUCUUUUGCAACACCCAGAGCUGGCAAAUCAAUACAGUCAGCUAAGAAGUCUUCAAAAACACCGAAGCAAACACCCAAGAAAGUGCUCAGGCCACAGUCAGCAUGAAUGUUGUCUGUUGUAACAUGAUCUAUAUAGUCAUUCAGUGGUAUCUUUUUAGUAAAAAUCAUACUGAUGAAGUAAAAAUACUAUAAGAAAAUCCAAUCUCUGGAGCCUUUUUCACCUUAACCUGAAGUGAUUGAUUUGUGUUUUCUUCUGAGAGGCUGGAACAAAUAAAGUCAUGAUUAGCUCAUU